AAGUAAUCUGGUGUCAAACCUGUUUUCGUUUCAUCCCUUGUCAAAAAUUCCAUUCGAACCAUUAGAUUCGUAAAAAAUGGCCGAAAGUGUUACAAUAGUAACACUCAACCAAAUGAUCGAUUUAUCGCUAAAUUGCAACGAGGGCAUUAUCAAUUUCCAAGUCCUCCACACUUUCCUCCAUGUUGUAGUACAACAAAUGAAACUACAUGAUGUCGCAGUUGAAUUUAGAGGACCCGAUAGUGACAAAAUCCAAGCUUUGAUCAGUACUGUAAAACCUGGAUCGACACAUCUCCUCCCAAAAUAUAACGUAGUGCCUGAAGAAAGCGGCAAAUUAAAGAAGAAAAAUGGAGGUCAAAAGAAGAAAGCGAGUCUACAAGAUGUUAUAAUAGAGAAAGAGCGCCAGAAGCUUGAGGAGAAGAAAGAGAAAGAAAUCCGCGUUAUUGAAAGACGAAAAGAUUCAAAGGAAGAUCCAGAUUUAAAUCCCCUUCCAUUAAAAUCGCCCCCAGGUAGUCUUCUGGGAGUUACACCAGCCGAUCUCCAGACAGUUGUCGUUGUUGAAUCCCAAUCAACUCUCCCACAAUACACAGUCGCUCUCACUAAAAACACUUUCGACAACCUCCAACGCGACUUGGACACUCUCAAACUCCAACUCAAAGAACUGACCGAACUACCAGCAAAUAUGGGCUUAAUUGAAGCUACAAGAUCACAGUCAAGCCCUAUUUUGGACAUGUUCCAAAUCCUCCACUUGACCAAACGUAUGGAUGCCAACGAAACAGCCCUCGAGAAGAUCGGAUCCUUAAUCGAAGACUUGGUCAAGAGUGACAAAGGCCAGAUUCCAACCACCAUCAUCGAGAAAAUCCAAGAAGUGAGAGCCUCAGUUGACGAAAACCAAAAAUACCCCACGGAACGGCGAAGAAGCUCCUUGAGCGAAGUCGAAGCCAGACUAACAAAUCUGGAAAAUGUCGUCAACAAUUUAAACGAAAAUGUGACGGCUAUUGCAACCGGAGUAGGCGAAUACAAGCCCCAAGAAGCAAUUCUUGAAAAAAUCCAAUCACCCGAACCCAGCCUGAAACACUCGGACAACGCCAGUAUUACCAAAACUGAAACCAGUGUUGUGAAAACUGAAGGAAGUGUUGCCCCUGAAGGCUCAUCAGUUAAGACACCAUCGCGGAAGAGCACAAUCAAGAGUCAAGCCGAACCAGUGAAGAUCAUGGCGCCACAAGUGGUGUAUCAGAGCCAAAUUCAAGAUGUCGACUUGGGUGAAAUGCCACCGAACCAAGCCCUUCAACUGAUCCAAGAAGAGUUUCAAAAUUUGAAAAACUGGAUGACUGAAAGUAUCCAAGAAGUGGAUAAAUUAAAAGCUUUCGCACCUCCGGCUGCUGGCGAAGUGGAUUCACGAGUCGUAGAAAGUAAAUUUAACGAAUGUAGUAAGAAAAUCGCAGAAUUGAAUAACUUGUACAACACUCAAAUCAAACUCCUCAACGAACAGUUUAAUAGUGUCCAAAGCGAAAUGAAUGAAGUUGCCACAAAGCUUGACAUUAUACUCCCUGGAGGUGACUCGACCGGGAUUAGUGCCGAAACAACCAUGGAUUUGGCAAAUAAACUCACUCUGCUUGAGAAGGAAAUGAUUGCAAUAUCGGAAAAAGCCGAAGAGUUGCAACAAGAGAAAGAACAGCGUGACAAGCAAACCGAGACAAUUAUGGAACAAAUCGACAUUUUGAAAAUCGUCAAAGCCAAUCGUGAAGAUUUGGAGGACGCUUUGGGUGAAAAAGCCGACGCUUGCAUGAUUAAUAGAAAAGUGUCUCAUGACCAGUUCGAUGCUGCUUGUGACGACUUGUACAGAGGCAUCGAAGAAGCUUUAUCUAAACUAGAGGAACAAGAGGAAAUGUGGCACCAAGCCUUAGAUUCCAUCCAGAGAGAGGUUGGCAACAAGCUUGACAAAAUGGAAGUCGAUCCAUUACGUGAUUUCGUCAAUAGUAAACUAAAAGCACUACAAGAGAAGUUCAAGUCUCUGAGUGCACUUAAACGCGAGCAAGAAGCUGCAGGAACAAAGACUAGAUUCUUGCGAAACGUCAAUUGUAUUUCUUGUGAUAAGGAUGUGAUAAUGAGGAAGGAAAUGGAUGUGUCUUUGAAACCCAAAGCUUAUGCCAUGCCUGCUAAUAGAAAUAUGGCACCAUAUUUGGCUUAUGAAUUAGACCAGUUGAGGAAGCAGCAAAAAUGUGUCCCCAAUAGCAAAAACUUGAACUUUAUUGAAAGUGCAUUGAAGACGCGAGGAAACAAAGAGAAGAAUCAUUUGUGUAACCGGUAUUGUGGAGGGAGUCAUACUGUGACUACUCCGCAACAGAGGGUUACAAGACUUGGACAUUUCUUGGAACAGUGGGGACCUGAAAUAGCCCCAUUGCAAGAUGAGUACAUUCGAGGGAAUGACAAUCAUAUGUACAAAGCUCGUGAUGAGACAGUGUUUACGAAAAAAGGAAGUAAAGUAGAAAGUGGGCCUAAAGGAAAUUUAAGGCCAAGCACCGGAGGGGCACCCAUGAUGGAGCAAGAAGUACCCCAGCAAGGAAGAAACACUUUCGUAAGUGCUGAGGCUCAUAAGAUUGUGAGCAAAGAAGCCGAAGAAGCCGCAAAUAAAAAAACGCAUAAUAUUGGAGCCACGCAUAUCGAAGAGGUCAAUCAAGCUCCACAACAGGACACACGGACGUCGACUGACCAACGAGGGUCUCAUUUACAAGUCAAAAUCUCUAUUAUAGAGGAACCAGUACUUGAGCAGAAAUUGUCACAAAAAGGCUCACAGGUGGGGAAAUCUGUGUCUCAACUUUCAAAUGAACAACAAAGGAAAUCACAGAGUGCAGAAGUGAAAACUUCACAACUUUCAACUGAACAACAAAGAAAAUCACAAAGUCAGUCUGUGACUGCAGAAGGCAAAACUUCACAACUUUCUAAUGAACAACAAAGAAAAUCACAAAGUCAAUCUGUGACUGCAGAAGGGAAAACUUCGCAACUUUCAAAUGAACAACAAAGAUCACAAAGUGCUAGCGUGGCACAGAAAGGGUCAGCAGAAGCUGCAGAAAAAGGACAAGAGUAAUUUUGAAAGUCUAAUGGUUUAAAUUCUAGUCAAUUCAUCUCAUUGUGAGCGACUUAAAUGAAAUAAAAAAAAUUUAGUAUCCCUUUCUUACUAUA